UAUGGCUAACACUUGAAAAAAACACAAACAAAAACAAAACAAUCAAAUAAAUUUCCAAGCUAUACAAAGUUAUGACCACGCUCCUGGGCAAACUGCGCAAAGCGCCCAAGCCGGAGUUCAAUGUGCUCAUCCUGGGCCUCAACAAUGCGGGCAAGAGCACCUUGGCGGCACGUCUCGGCCUGGAAACCGAUGAUGCCGUCAAGCAGGUUACUCCGACGGUUGACCUAACAGAAAGGCAUUUGAAAUUUAAGAAAAUGAAAGUUUGUUUGCGUGAUUUGAGUGGUCAGUAUAGAAAGCGUAAGUCGUGGCACACAUUCUAUAAGGAUGCCAAUGUAUUGAUCUUUGUUAUCGACAGCGCGGAUGCAUCUCGCCUGAGUGAGGCACGCUGUGAGCUGUGCGAGGUUCUGCUGGAUGAGCGACUCUCGCAUGUGCCGCUGCUGCUUUUGGCCAAUAAACAGGAUGCCUUUGGUGCUCUGCCCGGCUCCAUGAUUGUUGAGCUGCUAGGCCUGAAUCGCAUCGAGGAUCGUCCUUGGAAAAUAUACGAAUGCUCCUCACUGGCAGGUGUGGGCAUCGAUAGCACCGUUGAUUGGAUCUACGAGCGAUUGAAGAAACUGCGGCCAGCUAGUCUUUUUAGUAGGUUUUUUACUCCUUAUUUUUUGUUUGGGCCCACAUGUUUGUUGGAUCGUCGACCACGGGGCAUGGACGAUUAAUAAAAUUUAUGUAACUGGCACACAUCGAAUAAUCUAUUAUUCAUUUCGAAUUCAAUUCGAGCAACAACAACUACAGGUCGAAGAAGAAUGACAACAAAUAGGCCAUGGCACACAUCUGGGCAAGAAGAAGAGAAUUUAUACUGAGUUUAAAUA